GCAGAGCGCACUGGAGUCCUGGCCAGCGCGCAGCCUUCCCGGCGCCGGCAAGCUGGGUCUGGGGAAUUGUGUUUUGCUUCGGCUCACUCACUUUUACAAACCACUGGAUCUUAUAUGCCUCUGUACCUCCCACUUCGACUCCAUGUCUCCCUGCUCCUGUGUCAGCAACAGGGGAGAAUGAGGCAACAAGAGAAGGCUGAAAACUCCUGUUUGCUCAUGUUAUGUGAGGGACAUGCUCUCUUGAUGUCAGCUGAGUUGCUAAGGUGACUCUUGCAUGUCAGUAAACCAACCUUGGUAGAAUCCCAAGGCUCCUGGAGACACCCAUCUCUCCUCAUUUUUGUGCUUGUGUGUGUCCUCACUGAACAUUCAAAACUGUUUCUCCAAAGGGUUUUACAAAAACUCAGACUGUUUUCCAAAGCAGAAGCACUGGCGUCCACAGCAGAAGCGAUGGGCAGUGUGCGAACCAACCGCUAUAGCAUCGUGUCUUCGGAAGAAGACGGCAUGAAGUUGGCCACCAUGGCAGUUGCCAAUGGCUUUGGGAAUGGGAAGAGCAAAGUCCACACAAGACAACAGUGCAGGAGCCGCUUUGUGAAGAAAGAUGGCCACUGCAACGUUCAGUUCAUCAACGUCGGGGAGAAGGGACAGCGGUACCUUGCUGACAUCUUUACUACAUGUGUGGACAUUCGCUGGCGGUGGAUGCUGGUUAUCUUCUGCCUGGCUUUUGUUCUCUCAUGGCUGUUUUUCGGCUGUGUGUUUUGGUUGAUAGCUUUGCUCCACGGAGACCUGGAUGCAUCUAAGGAGAGCAAAGCUUGUGUGUCAGAAGUCAACAGCUUCACGGCCGCCUUCCUGUUUUCUAUUGAGACCCAGACAACCAUAGGCUACGGUUUCCGGUGUGUCACAGAUGAAUGCCCGAUUGCGGUGUUCAUGGUAGUGUUCCAGUCCAUCGUGGGCUGCAUUAUCGAUGCUUUUAUCAUUGGCGCGGUCAUGGCGAAGAUGGCAAAGCCGAAGAAGAGAAAUGAGACCCUUGUCUUCAGUCACAACGCUGUGAUCGCCAUGAGAGAUGGCAAGCUGUGUCUGAUGUGGCGAGUCGGCAACCUUCGGAAAAGCCACUUGGUAGAAGCGCACGUUCGAGCACAGCUCCUCAAAUCCAGAAUUACUUCUGAAGGGGAGUACAUCCCCCUGGAUCAAAUAGACAUUAACGUUGGCUUUGACAGUGGAAUCGACCGUAUAUUUCUGGUGUCCCCAAUCACUAUUGUUCACGAAAUAGAUGAAGACAGUCCUUUGUAUGAUUUGAGUAAGCAGGACAUUGAUAAUGCAGACUUUGAAAUUGUUGUGAUACUAGAAGGCAUGGUGGAAGCCACUGCCAUGACGACACAGUGCCGUAGCUCUUAUUUGGCCAACGAGAUCCUCUGGGGACACCGCUACGAGCCAGUGCUCUUUGAGGAGAAGCACUACUACAAAGUGGACUAUUCGAGGUUUCAUAAAACUUACGAAGUACCCAACACUCCCCUUUGUAGUGCCAGAGACUUAGCAGAAAAGAAAUAUAUCCUCUCAAAUGCUAAUUCAUUUUGCUAUGAAAAUGAAGUGGCCCUCACAAGCAAAGAGGAAGACGACAGUGAAAAUGGAGUUCCAGAAAGCACCAGUACAGACACACCCCCUGACAUGGACCUGCACAACCAGGCAAGUGUACCUCUAGAGCCCAGGCCCUUACGGCGAGAAUCGGAGAUAUGACUGAGCAGUUCGUUCUCUGGAAUAUUUACAUAACUCCACAGUCUGUUGGUCAGAGGCCGGAAACAGUUACACAGACGACGGUACUGGUCAGGAGGUGGGGCAAGGCAGUGGCCACAGGAGACCGAGGCUAGCACGAGGGAUUUUGAGAAAGACUGUAAGCCUGAUGCUUGAAGUCAAGUACUCAGCAGGCCUUCAUGUGACUCAAGGGCACAUAUAUGUUAUAAAAUAAGUUAUGGGUUUUUAAUGUAUUGUUUUGUGUUUUUACAAAACUUGAAUUUGCAGGCAAGCUUUGGUUGGGUAUUUGACUUAUCCAGAAUGCUUCUCUUUAGGGAACAAGAAUGUUUUUAAUGGCAUAACAAGGCAAGACUUUGCCUUAAUUUUUGAAAAGCUGCUAACUACAUGAACACAAAUCGUAUUUUUGUUGUAGUGUAGUUUUUCUUUUAUGUAAUUUAAGAGUCAGUGUUGAACUUUGUUGAAAGCUCAUGAUGCACUGCAAAGUGGCAAGUAUUUGGCUAUUAACUGCCAAAAUGAGAGCCUGAUUUUUUGAGGCCAGUAAUUUGUUUGCUAUAAUUGAUCUCUCUCUCUCUCUCUCUCUCUCUCUCUCUCUCUCUCUCUCUCUCUUUCUGUCCUCUCUCUCUUUGGUUACAUAAGGGCAUUAUGUAACACUAGCCAAAUGGUAGCCUCUGGGUUUUUUUUUUUUCCUUUCUCUCCAGGAUGUUAAUGGGUUAUCUCAAAUUUUAAGUUAGACUACCUAAAAUGAAUACCAAAGAUAAUGCACAUUUUUGCACAAUGGAGCUUAUACUAAAAAGAAAAGAAAGCCCCAUGGGUUGCCUUGAAAUCAAGAGACAGUAACUUUGAACCUCAGCAAGACCUUGGAAUGCCUGUUCGUUUUGCACCUUAUUCAGAAAACUGAGCAUCAAAAACAAAGUCUAGUAAGUGUAGUACUUUGUAAAUUCUGUCUUUUUCAAGUACCCUCCUUAUCGGAAGAGGAAGAAGAAAGGGAAAGUACCAUCUAUACACAUCCACACAGGAUCAGCGGCUUCCCUUUGCUCCUGUUGGUAAUGCUCCCAGGUUAACGCAUAAAGUGAGCAGUGGCGUUAUGCUCUUACCUUUGUCGGGAUUUUCUCCUUUUUUGCACAUUCCAACACUUAUUCCAUAAGAUAAGGUCCCAGUUGGACUUUGCCUGCAUUCUGGCAUCCUCCCAAAGGGGCCAUCCAGGGUUAAAUGGCAGUAGAGUUAAACAUUUGCACCUGAAUUCAUAGCCUUGACUGUUAGGACAUUUCUCACUUUGCAUCACCUUAGAAAGGAUACCAGGCCUGGCCUCUUGGUUUGUUUCUCUGAUCAGUCUGUUUGGAGGGAGACCCUCAGCGUGGGAACAGGCCACAGAUGAUGAUGGAGGAUAGUGGGGAGGUGUAGACAAGCCUCUUUGAUGCAACACUUUAGCUCAAGUAUUCACAAGCCAGCGGAAGAUUGCUUCUUUUUUAUUGCAGAGGGCAGAAAUGAGAAUGUUUCAGUAUUUAAGGAUCAAAGAUAGUCAUAAAAUCAUGUAACGCAAUCACAGCUUAAAGUGAUAAUAGCCCAAAAGGAUUAUUUCCCUCUGUGUGUGUGGAUGCAUGACCACUGUGAGGCAAAACAUUACUUUCUGUGAAGCUCUAGAGCAGGUUUCUAAGGACACACUGUUUUUUAGGUUUUUCCUGCCUGGCUGCCUGCCUUGCUAGAAACAACUCCUCUCCCCCAGCUCAAUAAUGGAAUUCUUAUUUGGGUUUAAAGUCCCCUAUUUGUGAAUUCUGGGGUGGUGGCUGACUUUUCUUUUUAAUUGGAGUCUCAAAAUCAACUCUCUUGUGGUAUUAUAUCCUGGUAUGCCAUUAAAAAACAGCUUGUUCUAGAAUCCUGUACUUUGUAAAUUUAUGUCUGUGAUGGUCUCUGGUUUUUGACAGCCAUAUACGAUUGCAGUGCCUGCAGAAAUAUGACAGAUUCUGCUCUUUCCAGCCUUCCACAGUGAUGGGUUGAAAUCCAUGGGUUAUUUUCAUUGAAACCAAGAAAGAGAGGUUAAGCAAGUGGAUAUCAUUUAAAAUCCAGAUUGAAAGGCAGGUUUGGGAAGUAGUUUAAAGAGUUGGAAGAAAUGUGGAAGAGAGAAUUUAUAGGAUGGACAAUAAUUUGGCCUUUGACUGUAAAGAGGCUAUUGAGGGCUUCAGCUGCUGCUAUUAUGAUGUUUUGCAAAGGAAAGUAAUCAAACCAAAGAGUAUUCAGUGACAUGUGAAUUAAAUGAAGAUGCAGAGGAGAAGGGGGGUGACCCCACAGGAGGCCCUCCCCCCAAACACACAGUGCUCCCAUUUAAAAAGGCCUGGGAUAUUGGAAGGGGGUGCGUACAAGGACAGGAAAGAGGGAGGGAAAUCUUUCGACUUAUUUCUGAAAGGGAGAAAAUAAAAUCUAAAAUUUCUGGUGCACAGGUUUGUUUUUCUUUUUUCAAGAGAAUUUUGCAGAAGCUAUGUUUUUAAAGUGUACAUUUUAUAAAGUUUAUCAGAUAUUUUCAUAUUUAAAGCCAAAUGUAAAUAGAUGUGUGUAAAGCAAAAAAAAAAAAAAAAAAAAGAAGAAGAAAGAAAAAAAUUGCCAUAGAAAGUAUAAUUUCCGUGCAGUGAUUUCUGAAAGCUAGUACCUAUAUGCUACCGGUUAGCAUGAUUUCAGCAAAUAUUUACCAGCCUUGUAAGGUUCGUAUUGCUAUGUUUUUCUGUUAUUUAUUUCAGCAUGGACUGUUCAUUUGAAAGCUUUUCAUAGUUACUAGCAUUUUAAUAGUUACAAGCUUUAAACGGCUGUUUUGUUGUUGUUGUCAAGAGCCAAGACACAGGUAAUGCACGGCAUUUAUUGCUGCAUUUCACCUUGCAAAUAGUUGUCUUUAUCGACUGGGUCUCCUUAACCAGUGCAAACCUGUCACUAGGAUGCCGUUGGAAGAGACUCACCUUGAAUAUCUGGGGUGGAUUCCCAGAUACGUGUCGCUUCUCUAUUGCAAGCAAAUCCCUAAUGAGUUUCCUUAGGAUGUAUUCCCUUUUGAAGAAUGUUUGCCCAUAUCUGGAUGGGUAUUAUAUUUGGGGGGGGUGUAGAUUCCUGGUUAUUCUAUUUUUAAAUAAGAGGUAGACAAAGUGAAUUCUAUUUUGAUUAUUGAGAAAGGAAUAGUUUUCUAUCCCUCUAAGAGUAUACUUGAAUCAGACAUUUUAAGGAUGUCACUCUAGCACUGUAGUCAUUUCCAAAUUCCUACAGGAAGUUUGUUUUACUUGGUUUUCGUUCUAUUAAUGCAUUAUUUCUUCCCUUUAUUUCCUUUGUUCCCUACAUAGUCCCAUCCCAGAUCUCUCGGUGUGUAUUUGAAGAGCUGUGUACCUGAAAUCAUGUUCCUUUUACAAAUAAUAAAAGUGAAUUUAUAUUUUAUAGUAAGCCAUUUAGUAAAGGUAAAAAAAAAGCUUGUCCUGAGUAGAGUGGGGUCUUUUUCACUCUGUGUCUCAUAAUGUCAAGGGAGAAAUGAAAAGUGUUGCGUAGUCAUGUUCCCACCCACAACCUUCAGCAAACUAGACUUUCCUUUCCAAUGUCGUGAGGUUUCAGCCCUGGGGUCCAGUGAGUUGAACAAUUCUGGCCCUUCCAAUCAUGUUAGUUAUUAUUUUCCCAUUUGCCAUCUUUUUUGUAUCUACAGUCUUCCUAUUGUACUGCACAAACCAUGGAUUGUACAUAUUUUUAUAUAUUAUGUCUUAUUUUAUUAUUUCUAAAUAAAAAAUUAAAAAUUGAAAAUGAA